AUGGCGGUCCACGUUGCUGGGGUGAUUGCUAUUAUAUUUUUCUACGUGUUAAUUCUUAUCGUUGGGAUAUGGGCAGCCCGUAAGAACAAGGCAUCCGGAGUGAACCCCGAGAGUGAAGAUGUGAUGCUUGCAGGCAGGAACAUUGGACUCUUGGUCGGCGUCUUUACCAUGACAGCUACCUGGGUGGGUGGGGCGUACAUCAACGGCACUGCAGAGGUUAUCGCCGCCUCAGGACUCGUGUAUUGCCAAGCACCAUUUGGAUAUGCCUUGAGUCUAGUUAUAGGCGGACUGUUCUUUGCGAACAGAAUGCGGCAGCAAGGUUAUGUUACAAUGUUGGAUCCAUUCCAACGAAAGUACGGUGAGCGCAUGGGCGGACUAUUGUAUAUUCCUGCUCUUCUUGGAGAAACCUUUUGGACGGCCGCCAUCUUGGCUGCUUUAGGUUCUACUCUCUCUGUCAUCAUCGAGCUGAAGAAUACCAUCUCCAUCAUUGUGUCAGCCAUCAUUGCUGUCUUCUACACUCUGAUUGGUGGACUUUACUCCGUCGCUUACACCGACGUCAUUCAAGGCCUUUUUAUAUUCAUCGGACUGUGGGUCUGUAUACCGUUUGCGAUGACCAAUGAGGCUGUAGGAAGCCUGUCUCUCAACGCCACUGAGGUCUGGGUCACGCCUCUUGACCCUAACACCGCUGGCAGUUACGUCGACAGCUUUUUGCUGCUCACUUUCGGAGGAGUUCCAUGGCAGGUGUACUUUCAGCGAGUCCUGUCCUCCAAGACAGCAUUCCGGGCUCAGUUCCUCUCAUACAUUGCAGCCUUUGGUUGCAUCAUCAUGGCCGCCCCGGCUGUUCUUAUUGGCGCCGUGGCAGCAGAAACAGACUGGAACCUGACAUCGUACGCUGGUGAGAAACCCAUACCUCCUAAAGACAUGAAGCUAAUUCUUCCCCUGGUACUGCAGUACUUAUGUCCUGAUGCCAUUUCCUUCAUUGGGCUGGGCGCCAUUUCUGCUGCGGUGAUGUCAUCAGCCGAUUCCUCUAUCCUUUCAGCCAGCUCGAUGUACGCUAGGAACAUUCACAAAACCAUCUUACGGCAAAAUGCAUCCGAAAUUGAGAUCUUGCGUGUGAUGAGAGUGGCUAUUUUCGGUGUCGGUCUCAUGGCGACGUUAAUGGCGAUAUUUGUAGACUCUAUAUAUGGUCUGUGGUACCUGUGCUCUGACCUCGUCUAUGUUAUACUAUUUCCCCAGCUGAUAUCAGUGGUUUACCUGAAGGACACUAACACAUACGGGUCACUCGCCGGCUAUCUGGUUGGUCUGUUCUUCCGCCUGGCGGGAGGGGAACCCAUGCUGCGUUUACCUCCCCUUAUCAAAUAUCCCCUCUACACGGACGAGUAUGGCCAGCAGUUUCCCUUCAAGACGUUUUCCAUGUUGCUGAAUUUCGCUUCAAUUUUAAUAUUUUCCUACGGGAGCAAGUUCCUGUUCGAGAACGGUUAUCUACAGAAGCGUCAUGACGUAUUCAAAUGUGUGGUGAACAUCGAAGAGGAGCACAUAGCCCUGGCGGAGAAGGUCGGGUCGGUCGGAGAACUCACUGUCCUGUCCACGGAAACGCCAAAGGUGAACGGCUCUGUAACGCCUCACCUACAGUACUCUAAAGAAGCCCUUGGUAAUGGACAAACAAUCCUCAAAGAUCCCGCGAACAUUAUAAAUGGACCCUCUUUAAACUCUGUGAGCACAGGCGUUACAAACGACAUGUCUGAGUUGGACUAAAUCAAAGUUGUUUAUUUUUGAAACAAUAAUAAUUCCAAAACUUCAAAUAAUGACAGAUUAUGAUUUUGGCCAAUUUUGUGCUACUUGUCCACAGAGGAAUCCUCAAAAUGUGGUGAAAUCACCACAAUGGAUAUAUGUUUUCUGUGAGACAGAAUUGAAGUAAUGAUGAAAGAUAUAAA